AUGUUGCGUAUGAAGUGUGGUCUGAAAGAUAGCAUAUAUGUCACUGUAGAAGAAAAGGUUGCUAUGUUCUUGUUGGUGGUUGGACAUGGUAUUAAAAUGAGAGUGUUGCGUGGCACUUACAAGCGUUCUUUAGAGACUAUCAGUAGGCACUUCUCGAAUGUGUUGGCAGCCAUUCUUUCCCUAACUGGGGAGUUUAUCAAGCUUCCUGAUCCUUCUAUUGAACCUCCGGAUGAUUACAAAUGGAAGUGGUUUGGAAAUGCCUUGGGAGCACUAGAUGGGUGUCAUGUUGAUGUUUCUGUCGUUGCGGCUGACGAAGGGAGGUAUAGGAACAGAAAGCAAGAUGUCACCACUAACAUGCCAGGCGUUGUUGACUGGAACAUGAAAUUUCUUUAUGUUCUACCUGGCUGGGAGGGAUCUGCAUCUGACUCCAGAGUGUUGCGUGAUGCAAUGAGAAACGAUCGUCAAGAUGCAUUUGUUAUACCUCAUGGAAAAUACUACUUAGUGGAUGCUGGCUACACCAAUGGACCUGGCUUUCUGGCUCCAUUCAUAUCGACUAGGUACCACUUGAAAGAGUGGGUCUCAAGUCAACAACAACCCCAAACUGACAAAGAGUUGUAUAACUUGCGCCAUUCUCGGGCUAGAAAUGUUGUGGAGAGAACUUUUGGCCUAUGGAAGAAAAAAUGGGCCAUUCUACGAAUUCAAUCUUUCUUUGACAUAAAGGACCAGAUUCGAAUUAUUAAUGCUUGUUGUGUGUUACACGACUUUGCAAAGGAUAGGCAGCAUAUGAUGGAUGAUUUAUUGCUGCAAGAAGUUGAUGUUGACCUAGAAAAUUUGGAACAUGAGGCUGUGGACGACACUGACUUGAUUACAUCUGUUCAAGUCACUAAUGAAUGGACCAACUGUAGGCAACAAUUAUCGCAAGACAUGUAUGCUGAAUACCUUCUCAGGCAUGCUGAAUUAGAGAUGGCGUAG